UUUUACUUUUUCCCUUUCUUUCCGUCUUCCUCGACAUUUCGCCCAAUUGUAAUAUCACCUUCUCCGACGCCGUGGUAGUUUACCUCUCUGCAAAAAUCCAGAGACCUUGUAUCGUUCAAUCAUCUUACCGUUUACAGAGUCCACAUCUCAGAGGAAAAUGGGUGAUGAAAGAAAUCUAAAGACAUGGGUCUCAGACAAAUUGAUGUCACUCUUUGGAUAUUCACAGCCUACGGUUGUCCAGUAUGUGAUCGGAUUAGCUAAGCAAGCGGCUUCACCUGCUGAGGUUGCGGCUAAGCUUGUAGAAUUUGGGUUAUCAUCAUCAACUGCAAUGCGGACAUUUGCUGAAGAGAUCCAUGCCAAAGUUCCUCAUAAAACAUCUGGUUUGAAUUUGUAUCAAAAACAGGAAAAAGAAGCAGCUAUGUUGGUGAGGAAGCAAAAGAGCUAUGCAAUUUUGGAUGAUGACAAUGACGAUGGCGAUAAUGGUGACCAUCAAGUCUCUUCAACUGUCAUUUCUUCUCAAUCUAAAAGAGUAGAUUCCCGUCAAAAGCAUUUUAGGAAGAAAACUGAAGAUCCAGAUGAUGAUGAUGAUGAGGUGACUGCAAAAGAAGAACAAGAAAGACAUGUGCGAAGACGGAUCUCUCAUGAUGAGGAUGACUUAGAGUCAGAGGAAGCCAGGUUACGUGAUCAAGAGGAGCGGGAACAGCUUGAAAGGAACAUGAGAGAAAGAGAUGCAGCAGGAACACGAAAGUUGACAGAGCCAAAGUUGACAAAGAAGGAGGAAGAGGAAGAAAUUCGGAGAUCUAAAGCUUUGGAGGAAAAUGAUAUUGAAGCUCUAAGAAAAGUCUCAAGGCAAGAAUAUUUAAAGAAGAGGGAGCAAAAGAAGCUUGAAGAGAUUAGGGAUGAUAUCGAGGAUGAGCAGUAUCUCUUUGAUGGUGUUAAGCUGACUUAUGCAGAAUAUCGUGAACUAAGAUACAAGAAACAAAUUUAUGAGCUUGCAAAGAAACAUUUUGAAGAUGUGGAUGAUAUCAGUGAGUAUAGAAUGCCUGAAGCAUAUGAUCAAGAGGGAGGUGUAAAUCAGGAGAAGAGAUUUGCUGCAGCUCUGCAGCGGUAUAGGGACCCGAAUUCUGUUGAUAAAAUGAACCCAUUUGCAGAGCAGGAGGCUUGGGAGGAGCAUCAAAUUGGGAAAGCAACCUUAAAGUUUGGUUCCAAGAAUAAGAAACAAAUAUCAGAUGAUUAUGAGUAUGUCUUUGAGGAUCAAAUUGAAUUCAUCAAGGCAACUGUGAUGGAUGGGGAUAAGUUUGAUCAUGACCUUCCGUCCGAGCUGCUUGAUAACUCUCAGGAGAAGUCAGCAUUACAGAAGCUCCAGGAUGAGAGAAAAACUCUACCUAUCUACCCAUAUAGGGAGGAGCUGCUCCAGGCGGUUCAUGAUCAUCAGGUUCUUGUGAUUGUUGGGGAGACUGGUUCUGGAAAAACUACUCAGAUUCCUCAGUAUCUUCAUGAAGCUGGGUACACAAAACGUGGCAAGGUAGGAUGUACUCAGCCGCGUCGAGUUGCAGCAAUGAGUGUUGCUGCUCGAGUUUCACAGGAGAUGGGUGUUAAGCUUGGUCAUGAGGUUGGCUACUCCAUUCGUUUUGAGGAUUGCACCUCAGAAAAGACUGUUCUGAAGUACAUGACUGAUGGAAUGUUAUUACGAGAAUUCCUUGGUGAACCUGAUUUAGCUAGCUACAGUGUGGUGAUGGUGGAUGAGGCUCAUGAAAGAACACUGUCAACAGAUAUUUUAUUUGGUCUAGUUAAGGACAUUGCUCGGUUUCGUAGUGAUCUGAAGCUGCUUAUUUCUAGUGCUACUCUGGAUGCUGAGAAGUUCAGUGAUUACUUUGACAAAGCCCCAAUCUUUAAAAUACCAGGAAGGCGGUACCCUGUUGAUAUACACUACACAAAAGCACCAGAAGCUGAUUAUUUGGAUGCUGCAAUUGUUACUGUUCUUCAAAUUCAUGUGACCCAGUCACCAGGUGAUAUUCUAGUGUUCUUUACAGGACAAGAAGAAAUUGAGGCAGCAGAAGAGAUCCUAAAACAUAGGACUCGGGGCCUGGGAACAAAAAUUGCUGAACUCAUAAUAUGCCCAAUAUAUGCUAACCUUCCAACUGAACUGCAAGCUAAAAUUUUUGAACCCACUCCUGAAGGGGCUCGUAAGGUCGUCUUGGCAACAAACAUAGCAGAGACAUCAUUGACAAUUGAUGGGAUCAAGUAUGUCAUUGAUCCUGGAUUCUGUAAGAUGAAGUCUUAUAACCCACGAACCGGCAUGGAGUCACUGCUAAUCACUCCCAUCUCAAAAGCAUCGGCAAAUCAGAGGGCUGGUCGAUCAGGACGAACUGGUCCUGGAAAUUGUUUCCGCUUGUAUACUGCCUACAAUUAUUUCCAUGAUUUGGAGGAAAAUACUGUUCCAGAGAUUCAAAGGACUAAUCUUGCAAAUGUUGUGCUUACUCUUAAGAGCCUAGGUAUUCAUGAUUUGCUGAAUUUUGACUUUAUGGACCCACCACCUUCUGAAGCUUUACUCAAGGCCUUAGAGCUGCUCUAUGCACUUAAUGCACUAAAUAACUUGGGGGAGCUGACCAAAGCGGGGAGAAGGAUGGCAGAAUUCCCUCUUGAUCCCAUGCUUUCCAAAAUGAUAGUUGCUUCGGACAAGUAUAAAUGUUCUGAAGAGAUCAUUUCCAUUGCUGCUAUGCUGUCAGUUGGGAAUUCUAUAUUUUACCGUCCAAAGGACAAACAAGUUCAUGCUGACAAUGCGAGGAUGAAUUUUCACACCGGGAAUGUUGGUGACCAUAUUGCAUUACUUAAGGUAUACAGUUCUUGGAAAGAAACAAACUACUCAACACAGUGGUGCUAUGAAAAUUAUAUUCAGGUUAGGAGUAUGAAACGUGCCAGAGAUAUUAGGGAUCAAUUAGAGGGUCUGUUAGAGAGGGUUGAAAUUGAACUGAUGUCCAAUCCAAAUGAUUUAGAAGCAAUAAAGAAGGCCAUAACUUCAGGUUUCUUCCACCAUUCUGCAAGGCUGCAAAAGAAUGGAUCCUACCGAACUGUCAAAAAUCCCCAAACAGUUCAUAUACAUCCAAGUUCUGGCCUUGCACAGGUGCUGCCUAGGUGGGUUGUUUACCAUGAACUGGUGCUCACAACCAAGGAAUACAUGCGCCAGGUUACAGAAUUAAAACCUGAGUGGUUGGUGGAAAUUGCACCACACUAUUACCAGCUGAAGGAUGUGGAAGAUCCUGGAUCAAAGAAAAUGCCGCGCGGUCAAGGACGUUCGGUAAAGGACUAACAACCAGGCAUUUUAGGGAUUGAGAUGGUGAAAAGAGAAAGAGAUCCUGUAGAUAUAUAUUUUUUUGUACGAGUAGUUUACCAAAUACAGUUUGUAGAGGAUGGAGAUCAAACAUUUUUCUCUGCAGACGGCCAAAAAUCGGUUGUCAUGAUUCCUUAGUACCAAUUUUGUAAUUGUAGAUUUAUCCCAAUGUGUAUAUAGCCAAGUUGUUGUAAUUUGAUCAUUUUUUGAGUUUCUUGGUAUUUUUCGUUUGUAUGGAUUGUCUUGGUUCUCUUGGGAUUAAUGUGCUUUAACUUUUAACAAAGUCACUAGGUUGUGGUUUGCUUCGCUGUGUUUUAGCUUUGUUAGUAGGUGCAGCUGGAAGGCUGUCGAGAACCAUCUGAAGAGACACCAGUUUGAUUCAAUACUCGUUCAUGUUUUGUUUUUGGCCCUUUAUUUAUUCAUUUUAGUUUUCUGGGUUUCAAACACU